AUGUACCGCCAAGGGUGUUUGGGCUUCACUUCUCAAGCAAAGGACAUCAUCCAAGAAAAUAUGAGUCAAAAUAGAAUAUACAUGGACUACAAUGCCACCACCCCACUGGAUCCAGAGGUGAUAAAGUCCAUAUCUGAGGCUCUACAUGAAGCGUGGGGAAACCCAAGCAGCACAUAUACUGCGGGUGUCAAAGCUAAGAAAAUCAUCAAUGAGUCUAGGGAGAAUGUGGCAAGAAUGGUUGGAGGGAAAGCAGAGGACAUCAUAUUUACAUCAGGUGGAACAGAGGCUAACAACAUGGUGAUCCAGUCUGCAGUGGAGCACUUUAAGAGAAGCCGUGAUGGAACUGAAUGUAAUACAGACCAUUCUAACGGAUGCCCUGGCCUCCCUCACAUUAUCAGCUCAAAUGUGGAGCAUGACUCGGUCAAAUUAGUGCUGGAGCAUCUGCAGAAAGAGGGCAAGGCAGAUGCCACCUUUGUCCCGGUGUCUACGGUAACGGGGCGGGUGGAGGUGCAGGAUGUCAUGGCUGCGGUGCGUCCCAACACCUGUCUGGUUUCCAUUAUGUUGGCCAACAAUGAGACGGGGGUCAUCAUGCCCAUAAAAGAUCUUUGUUGGAAAAUCCGAUCUCUGAGCAAGCGGCGCUCGCAGCGGAUCCUGCUGCACACAGACGCUGCUCAGGCGUUGGGCAAAAUACAAGUGAACGCCCCAGAGCUGGGCGUGGACUACCUCACCGUGGUGGGACACAAGUUCUAUGCCCCUCGGAUUGGAGCUCUAUAUGUUAAUAGUCCGGGUACAAAAACGCCUUUACACCCACUGCUCUUUGGAGGAGGACAAGAAAGAAACUUCAGACCUGGGACAGAAAACACGCCAAUGAUUGCUGGAUUAGGAAAGGCUGCAGAUCUAGUGACAUCCAAUUUGUCUGAGUACGAGAGUCAUAUGCGACGCGUCAAAAUUUACCUGGAGGGACGGCUAAAGCUCGUCUUCAAAGAUAAACUCCAUUUCAACAGUCACUUCCAGGACUCUGAGAUCCUUCCCAACACCUGCAACGUGUCCAUCCUGGGUCCAAACUUACAAGGCUGGAGAGUGUUGUCCGGGUGUGAACGUCUAUUGGCCAGUGUUGGUGCAGCCUGCCACUCAGAUAUGGGAGACAGACCUUCCCACAUCCUCCUGAACUGUGGCGUUUCCGAGUCGGUGGCGGCGAAUGCGUUGAGGUUGAGCGUUGGACGAGGCACGACCGAAGAAGACGUGGAUGCAGUGGUGGAGGAUCUGGAGAGAGUGCGCAGCGUGCCUUGA